CUUUUUUUUUUUUUUCACAUCAGAACCACAAAGUUCACAACUUGUAAUAGGUUUUAAUGUUAGUCACCUCAGGCUAGUAUUAAAAUUACAGAAUAGGAAACUAGGUCGAAGUGAUCAGAUGAUUAAAAUGUCUUGUGCUUCUUCUUCUUCUUCUUCUCCUCUUCUUCUUCUUCUUCUUCUUCUUCUUUCUCAAUCACUGCCUCCAUAUUUCUAUCCAUCACCAGAUCAGUAGGCUAUUAAUACUGGCAAAUGAGCUACGUUUUAACGUGGUUACUUUAUGCAUUCAUCAACUCUCUCCAUCCUCCCACCUGGAGAGCAUUUUGGCUCAGAACCACUUAUUUGUCCGAGUUAUUUGGAAGAUCUGCCUACGAUCCACAUCACUUCCGCCAAGAAGUUUACCAUCUAGUAGCCUCCACUUUGAUGUCAGACGUAGAGGGAGGGGGAAAAGUUUCAAGCAGACGUCACCUGAUUAGGAGUGAAGGAAGAAAAAAAAAACUUCGUGAUUAAAAAAAAAAGAAAGAAAAAAAUCACUCCUUGUCCCCGCCCCCAGUGAGGAAAAGUCCGCCCACUCAGCCAGUCGGCCCGAGACCCCCUUAAACACUUAAAAAGAGGUGGAUCACACUCACGCUCACACAUACAUAGCCUACACAAGCCUUCAUUCAGCACUGCCUUCCUAAGAAGAUUAGGGUUUGUUUUUUUUGCGCUGAAGAUUGUCUCUAGAUUCCUCCAACACUUUUUUUUCUCCCCCUGAUCAUGUUGAGGAUGCUAAAGCGCGUUCAGCUCCGCCGGGGCUCGCUUUUAUUACUCCUGUGGCUCUGUCAUUUCAUUCAAGAGCAGAAAGUGCAAGCUGGGAACUGCUGGCUCCAGCAAGGGAAGAACGGCCGCUGCCAGGUGCUCUACAUGCCAGGCAUGAGCCGUGAGGAGUGCUGCAGGAGCGGGAGACUGGGAACCUACUGGACCGAGGAGGACGUCCCGAAUAGUACCUUGUUCCGCUGGACCAUCUUUAAUGGAGGAGCGCCCAACUGCAUGCCAUGCAAAGAGACAUGUGAGAAUGUGGACUGUGGACCCGGGAAGAAGUGUAAGAUGAACAGGAGGAGUAAGCCACGCUGCGUCUGCGCCCCUGACUGUUCCAACAUCACCUGGAAGGGGCCAGUGUGCGGCUCAGAUGGAAAAACAUACCGUGACGAAUGUGCACUCCUGAAAUCGAAGUGUAAAGGGCGACCUGAUCUGGAGGUGCAGUACCAGGGCAAAUGCAAAAAGACGUGCCGUGAUGUGCUUUGCCCUGGCAGUUCGACGUGCGUCGUGGACCAGACCAACAACGCCUACUGCGUCACGUGCAACCGCGUGUGUCCCGAGGUGACGUCACCAGACCAGUACCUGUGCGGCAAUGACGGCAUCGUCUACGCCAGCGCCUGCCACUUACGAAGAGCCACGUGCCUGCAGGGCAAAUCCAUCGGCGUGGCCUACGAGGGCAAAUGCAUCAAGGCCAAAUCGUGCGAUGAUAUCCAGUGCAGUGGAGGGAAGAAGUGUCUGUGGGAUGAGCGAUUGGGACGCGGCCGGUGCGUGCUCUGCCUUGACGAGACGUGUCCCGAGAGUCGCGCGGACGAGGCCGUGUGCGCGAGCGACAACACCUCGUACCCGAGCACGUGCGCCAUGAAGCAGGCUGCAUGCUCCAUGGGCGCGCUGCUGGAGGUUAAGCAUUCAGGAUCAUGCAACUCCAUUACAGAAGACCAGGAGGAGGAUAACGAUGAUGAGGAUGAUGAUGAGGAUGAUGAGGAUGAUGAAGACCAGGACUACAUGGCUCACAUCCAUUUAUCACCAAUAAUGGACGGAUAAACGGCCAUCAGGCGGGGGAAAAGUCCUGUGGCAAGGAAAACCAUGUCCACACUGUACAAAUGUGUAUGCUAAUUUAUUUUUUUGACGAAAAAAAAGGAAGUAUACAUAUAGUUCAGUCUGAUAGAUGUUUAUUUAUGCAGUGUUUCAUAAUUUAUACCUUUACAAUGUCUGCCGUACUAUCUUGAUCAUGUUAUUUUUGUGUUUAGUUGGUUUUAUUAUUAUUAUUAUUAUUAUUAUUAUUAUUAUUAUUAUUAUUAUUAACUAUAUUUGUCCAAAGAGAAGCAGUGUUAUUUAUUGUGAAUGCUAUAGAGUGUAAAGUGUGCAAGUCUUCUGCAAGUUGUAAAUUGCAUUCCCCUUGCUGUAAAAAUCCGCUUAUUGCUAUCCGUUCUACUAUCAUAGAUGUUUAUUUCCCACUUAUCUGCAUGUCAACCUGUGUGUUUAUUUAUUGGGAAGAAAAAAAAAACUGUCACUCUUUAAUGUAAACGACAUGUUUCUGGUUUUGUUUACGCUUCAAAUUGACCAAAUGGAUUUUCCUCAAUGUUUCGCCAUACAGUGCAAAAUGGUAACAUUUCAUUCAUGAGCCAGUUCUCAAGAUAAAAACUGAUUUGUCUUUCAAUGUUUUUGGUGAUUUUUGUGUCUUAGUUUUAUGUAUUCAGCUAUUCAUCAUUGUCAGAUAUUUUAUUGUCAAAAAAAAAGAAAGAAAAAAAAAGUGCCACUAACACAUUUAUGAUCUCAUGGCCAACGUUCUGCUCUAUAACACCUCCGUCUGAGUUGAUGUGAUGUAGGACGGCGUAUCGACAUAUUGAACAUUAUCACUUCUUAUUGUUUGUCAUUUUUAAAGUACAUUUUUAUUUUCUGACAUCACAAGAUAGUUAUAAAUAUAUAGUUUUGUAUUUUUUUAAUGUAAAUGUCAUAUGUAUAUACAAAGUUUGAUGGUAUUUGUACAGAUAUGAAGAGUGAAACAAUAAAAAAAAAAAAAGAAAAUGA